CCUGAAACAUGGAAGAGAAAUGAAAGGAAGAAAGCUCGUCUUCUUGGAAGCCAAUACACAACUAAAACUGGGAAAAUAGUCAACAAAAGGGAGGUUAAAGCAGAUUGCAUAUGUAAAAACAAAUGCAUGACUAAAUUUACGAUGGAAGGAAAAGAAGCUGUUUUGAGGGAAUUAUACGAGAAAGGUUCAAAAAACGAACAAGAUGUCUAUUUACAUGGGUUAAUGGAAUGUAAACCAGAGGCCAGAGAAAAACUCAGGAGUUUUUCUUAUUACAUACGAAAACCUUUAGAGAAACAACGUGUUUGCAAAACAGCCUUUCUUAAUCUACAUUCAAUCUCGAACUCUAGACUACGACUAAAUAGAUUGUUCGUGUCUCAGGGUUCACCUAGAGAUUUACGUGGAAAACGAAGCGUUUCAACAAGCUCUACGAACUGCUCAAAGAAGACUGCUUGCUGUAACAAAAGAUAGAAACUUUUUACUUGAUCGACUUCUUAUGCAUGAGAAAAUUGACCAUAGCACUUCAGAAUCUGAAGAGACAGAAUCUUCUGAUGAUGGAGAAGUUAGGCAAGAACAGUUGAAAAGAAGGAAGGAAAUGACUUAUUCUAAUGUACAUAAUGUGAACUCUGGAAAAGCAAUGCCGGUAGCGAAGAAGAAAAGACCAUCAGCUCCUAGGCCUUCAAAAUCAGCACAUCCAACAGUGCAAAUAUCUCAGCAUAUGCCACAUACUAGUGCCAACCCAUUAACUGAUGGUCAUAUGACCCCAGAAGAAGUAGAAAGGCAUUUACAGUCCCAGAGUUUUUUAGAAUUUGUGCCAGAAAGAGCACCACCUACAGUACCUACUGAAAUGUUUAGCAAUGAACCUUCAUUAGAUAGUGAAUCAAAUGACAUUGGAGAAUUAGAGACAUCUCCUAGCAAUAUGGGUGAAGAAUUAAGUAUCGACAUGAUCCCAGAAUAGAAAAUUGUAAUUUAAGCAAAAUAUCUUUAUUAAGUUGUAUAGUACUUACAAGUAAAUAAAAUUAGUAACAUUAAUUAUUUUUAUCUACUGUAAGAAUUUGUAAAAUAAAUGAAUAAUGAAAAAGGCACAUUCCUUUAAAUAAGCAAACUUUUAUAUUCUAUAUAACAAAAUAAACGUUGAGUGUUA